CCCAGAUCUCAUACAAGUCGUGCCCUUCCCCCAAUACCUCACUCGUUCCAAACAUUCCUAGGGUUUCUGCACUGUACGUCUGUACCUUCUCACCACCGACCGGCGGCGGCGGGAUGGCCGGCGCCACGGCCGACGAGCGCGAGAUCCUGGUGGACCUGGCCGUCCGCCAGUCUCCUCCGCUGCUGCAUCGCCCCCAGGAAAUGGCAUCGCUGCCGAUCCCCCAAGAGCUCCUGCCGGACAUCUUCCUUCGCCUUCCCGACCCGGCCGACCUCGCCCGCGCCUCCGCCGCCUGCGUCUCCUUCCGCCGCCACAUCACCGACCGCUCCUUCCUCCGGCAGUACCGCAAGCUCCAUGCCCCGCCCCUCCUCGGCUUCGUCGAAAUAAAGGGAGAAUUCCACCGCGCCACCCCGCCUUACCCCUCCGCGUCGGCAGCCAGCGCCGUCGCCCUCGCCGCUGACUUCUCCUUCUCCUUCCUCCCUGCCCCCGCCUGCGAGUGGUUCAUCCUGGACAUCCGCGACGGCCGCGUACUCCUCUACAGGAGCUACUUGCGAAUCCCGGGCACCGCCUUUAAGUUGAAGGAGAUGGUGGUGUGCGACCCCUUGCACCGGCAAUAUCUUCUGCUUCCCACAAUCCCUGACGGCGUAUUCGCUUCAGCGGGCAAAUGGCACACAUUCCUCCUCCAUCACGGGGACGGCGGUGGCGGUGAUGAGGAGGCUGCUGAAGAAACAGCCUUCAAGGUGAUCUGGAUGGCACGGCUCGGAGAUAAACUGGUAGCCCUCGUCUUCUCUUCCACCACCGGACAAUGGCAAGCUGGUCCGUCACAUAGCUGGAUCAAUGCAUUUGACGGCCUCUCCCGUUCCCAAUACGCCUAUGGAUGCUUCUAUUGGGUAACAGAUUGCAGACAAAAGUUGUUGGUGCUUGAUACUAGAAGGAUGGAGUUCUACACCACCGAUGCCCCACCCGAAGCCAAAUGUGACGGUGAUGCGAAUAUAGCCAUUGUCGAGGCAGGGGAAGGCAGGCUUGGGAUGUUUGUUCUACCAUUUGGAUCUGACCUCACUUAUAUCAUUAGGCGAAACAAUGUUGGGAGCUCCGGCCAGUGGCAGUUGGAGGAGACAAUCUCCAUAGAUUAUGAGACUUAUGGGUACCAUUUUGCUGGUUCAAUGGGGGGACACUUGUUCCUAGAGCAUGAAGGAGACCUUUUCUUGUUGGACGUCAAGACGCUCCAGCUUGAGACGGUGUCGGUGGGUACUUCAGAGUGUCAGUUGCUUUGGCCCCGUGCCUAUAGCAACUUUCCACCAUCAUUGUUGUCGUCACCGACAGUAGCAAGUGGUGUCGAGAAAGGGGCCGAGAAGGAGACACUGGAACAAGAGUGCACUGCAAGCUCAAGCACACAAUGACCAUGGUCAGCAUAAUGCUAGCAGAAAUGCUAGAGGUGCGUUGAAGAUUCGAGAUGGUGCCGGCAAUGUGAAGCAACUCAGACAAUUGACCACUAAGUUGGUCCGCUUUCGCCUCCGUUUUGGUCUGUAAUAUUGUCACCCCAAAGGGUAGAAACCUGGAGUGUUCAUGUUGUGUGCCUUGAUCCGACAGCGAUUGGUGCGCUAGUUUGUCUUAAGUCAGCGAGUAUUAUGGUGUUUACUUUCCUCGGGAUCAUUAGGUUAAAAAAAUUAAGACCCUGUAAGAGGUCAGAGUAAGUUUGAUGUUGUCGUAACUGCUAUUGCCACAAUUAAGUGUGUGGAAUGGAGCUAGUUGGGUAUUUGGAAUUAA